UUCAUCCUCUUCCAGUCCUCAGCCGCUCCUGUCUUCAUUCUGCUCGCUCAGGAUUCACUGACUCUCCAGAGCAACAGAACGAAUUGUUGCAGUGUUGCUGUGAUUUGUGUGGGUCAGUGUAAGAUGGCCAUUCAUGUGGAAGGACUGCUGGCCAUCGUCAUCUUCUACAUGCUGAUUUUAGUCGUGGGAAUUUGGGCAGCGUGGAAGAACAAGAACUCUGGGAUCUCGGAGGGAACAGACCGCAGUGAGUCCAUCAUGAUCGGCGGCCGAGACAUCGGUCUGUUUGUAGGUGGAUUUACCAUGACAGCCACGUGGGUUGGAGGAGGUUACAUCAACGGCACCGCAGAGUCCGUGUAUCUGCCCGGAUCCGGCCUGGCUUGGGCUCAGGCACCGUUUGGUUACGCGCUCAGUUUAGUAGUAGGUGGGUUGUUCUUUGCGAAGCCCAUGCGCUCUCGAGGCUACGUGACGAUGCUCGACCCGUUCCAGCAGCUCUAUGGCGAGAGAAUGGGAGGCCUGCUCUUCAUACCUGCUUUACUGGGAGAGAUGUUCUGGUCAGCCGCCAUUUUGUCAGCCUUGGGUGCAACACUGAGCGUGAUCGUAGACAUCAACAUCAACAUGUCAGUGGUGAUUUCAGCCUUGAUUGCCAUCUUCUACACACUGGUUGGGGGACUGUACUCAGUGGCGUACACAGAUGUCGUCCAGCUCUUCUGCAUUUUCAUAGGUUUGUGGAUAAGCGUGCCGUUUGCCCUGUCCCAUCCCGCUGUGUCAGACAUCGGUGUCACCGCAGUGAACACAGUGUUCCAGUCGCCGUGGCUGGGGGAGAUCGAUCCUUCUGAAGGCUGGAUGUGGGCUGAUAACUUCUGUCUUCUUAUGCUGGGUGGGAUCCCAUGGCAGGUGUAUUUCCAGCGGGUUCUCUCCGCCUCCUCAGCCAGCUACGCUCAAGUCCUGUCCUUCCUGGCUGCGUUCGGCUGUCUGGUCAUGGCCGUGCCGUCCGUCCUGAUCGGCGCAAUAGGAGCCUCCACAGACUGGAAUCAGACGUCGUACGGUCCGGUUCCUCCGGUGGAGAAGGACGAGUCGGACAUGAUUCUGCCCAUCGUCCUGCAGCAUCUCUGCCCUCCGUUCGUCUCUUUCUUUGGUUUGGGGGCGGUGUCAGCCGCCGUGAUGUCAUCUGCAGACUCCUCUAUCCUCUCAGCCAGCUCCAUGUUUGCACGAAAUAUUUACCAACUUGCUUUUCGGCAGUCGGCGUCAGACCGAGAGAUCGUGUGGGUGAUGAGGAUCACCAUCUUUGUGUUUGGGGCCCUAGCGACCGCCAUGGCCCUCCUGACGGGCUCCGUUUACGGCCUGUGGUACCUGAGCUCAGACCUGGUGUACGUCAUCAUCUUCCCUCAGCUCCUCUGUGUGCUGUUCAUCAAGGGCACCAACACCUACGGCUCGGUGGCUGGUUACGUCUUCGGGCUGCUGCUGCGGGUCGGUGGAGGCGAGCCCUACCUCAGGCUUCCCCCGUUCAUCUACUACCCCGGCUGGCAGACGCGCCAGAAAGAGCAGCGUCUCACGCAGGAGGUGGAGCGCUUUGUGGAGCAGAGGUUCCCCUAUAAGACCGUCUCCAUGCUGGCUUCGCUUCUGAGCAACGCUGUCUUCUCAUAUGUGGCCAAAUACCUGUUUGAGAGCGGUACACUCUCGCCCAAGUAUGACUUCCUGGACGCAGUGGUUUCCAGACACAGCAAAGAAACGAUGGACAAGACCACACUCGUCACCCACGACAAUAUCAUCCUGUCAGAACUGGCUGCUGUUCAGCCGCGGCACGGAGGCUCUGUGGCAGGAACGUUCCUGAACACAGACGUCCUGAUUGACGAGGACCACAUGAGCCCGGAAUCCAGCGCUGAGCACCAGUAGAGAGACUGAAGACGAAAUGAGCAAGCAGCACCCUGGGAGAGGAUGACAGGCCAAACAGGGAAAACUGUGCAAUACUAAUGGAGGGGGAACGAGUAGUGCAAUUACUAUUGACCUGACCUGACGUGAUUGAUGGUAUGUAUGAAACGAGCUUUUUUUCUGCUUAGAAUACAACUGUUAUAGAGCAAUACUUUUUUAAAAGCAUCUGUUACUGCCUGUAAUCCAUAUCAUGUUUGAAGGCAAUGGUUUGCCCAAAAACGAACAUGCUGUCUUUACUUAAACAGACCGUUAAGCUCCAAAGAUGAUAGAAAAGUACUCCUCGUGGCACAUGCUCUAUACUCCAGGUUGGUCCUGCUUAAUAUUAGCAUUAGCAUUUACAUUUGAUCCAGUGUGUUUUUUUUUGUGUGUGUGUGUGUGUGUGUGUGUGUGUACAUGCAUGCUGUUCUGUAAAACUCCUGCCAGAUUGGCAUUUGCAGCUAUUUGAGUUUGGGAUACGGAUGGAAUCGCUGUAGGUUUAGGGUCCGGUCAACAGUGUAAUUCAUUACAUGCAGGUACUUCAAAUUUAAGUGUAAUGUAUAUCAUGUAUUUACACAGCAAGUAUGUUGUGUGUUGUAUAUUUUAAUGUAAGUUGAUGUAUAUAUAAAGUGGGUUCCCCAUCUCUUCUGAAGCCACAUGAUAGCUUUGUUUGGGGAACUUAAGUCACUAUUCACUCUAACGCCAUUCAUAUUCAGACUUGCUGCAGAUAUUGCAAGACCCUGCUAUUACUUGUGUGAUUUUUAUCAUCAUAAUGAGUUACAUGAUUUUAAUGCAAAAGGUGGAGACAAAAAAUCUGGUUGGCUCCAUGGAGUAUAUUAAAAUCGUGUAAUGCACACCUAGCCGUGGAUUAUACCACUUAUAUUAUGGUCACUUGCCAGCACUGACUACUUAAAGCUGUCAUUGAUGUUUGCAGUGCAAAACUUGACCUGAAAGGUGAAAAUGAUGGUUACUUUUCAUGACAGAGAUCCAAAUCAUUAGAAUGAUGUAUUAUGGUCACGUCUGAAUGCCGUGCAUCAGUGCUGCGUCUCUGUAGUGAAGCUGUGAGAAUUAGGUGGAGGUUAGAAUGUCAUAUACAAUCUUUAGAAAAAUCUUUUCAGUAGCAAAGCUCCUUCAUUGAUAGAAUCACAUUGGUAGUGUUGACGGUAUGCAUAUACAUAAAACUAAUGAAAGAGUUGAUUUAUGUGCAGUAAUCUGCCUCAUGUUCUGCAUGGGCCAAGCUGAUUGGUGCUCUGCCUGUAAUCCAUCAGCCAAUGAGCUUGAUUUAAAUAGUCUUGCUGCAGCUGCUUCGCUGUGGCCUGCCAUCAGGAUUUUCUCUCUAAUGUGCUGAGAAUAUUAGCGACUGAUGCAUUAGCCAUGUUUUAUGAAGCUCGGGCCUGAACUAGGUAAACUUUAGCCAGACCAGCUCAGAUGCUCACAGUAGGCGAAUAGUUUGAAUAAACCUGCCUGAAUGUCAGCCCAGUAACACAUAACCGGGUUAUAUAGAAUUAUAUGUAAUAUAUCUAGUGUUCAGCAGACACACCAAUCUUAACGAUGCCUAUUUAUCGCUUAUCCUGCACAAAUUGACCAUAAAGAUUAUAAACCUCCACAGUGACAAUUAAUAUACAGUCACAUCUCCUAAACACCAAUCCUGUGUGAGUGAUGCGCUGCUCACCGGCUCAUUUCAGGUCAUUAUACAGGCCAUCGGUCAAUGAUGCCUGUUGUUGUUUGGGGAUAUUAAUAGUGCCGCCGGGACGCUUGCAGUGGAAUCCAUCAGCAGUGCGGUCAUAUAGAGCUCAGGACAGAUACUUCAGCUGCACACAGACGGUCAGUUCACUGGUGUUACAGCACUCAGGCUGGACCGGGCUCAGAUACAGCUGCUCAACAUGAGCAGCAGCCGAACACAUGUAUUCAGACUUACCAGCAAUAUUUUCAGAUUAAAUGAAAUUAUUUCCUGUUUGGUCCCCAAUAUGUAUUUCUGAGAACAGACAGCAGGGAAUCAAAACUGCUCGACAGAGUUCAGACACAUUCUCAGAGUUAAAGGUCCUGACGACUGCUCUGGUGUCAUCUGUCUGAGGCCUGUGUACACGCACCAGAGGUUCUGUAGCUUUUAGUCCUUAUAGUAGUUCUUAGGACAUCAAUUAUUGACUUUUAAUGUAUGUUUCUGCAGUUUCUCAUUUUCUGAGAACAUGGACUCAUUUCUAAUCAGAUGCUCUCUUGAAUAUCUCUCCUCUAUACUUGCUUACAUCAUUCAUAGCCGAUGUGGCUGUAAAAAGCCUAGUGGCUGUUUAAUAAACUGGACUAACCUCUCAAACACACACAAUGAUUCAAUGCACAUAAAAUGUGAUGUAUCUCUAAUGUCUAAUCAGUGUUUUCAUCUGCCACAGUAAUGUCUUUGAAUCUUCAUGUAGGACUUUUGCCAUCAAAUACUGAUAUGGCAUAAUCAAUAUAAUUCAUUUUAUUGAAGUCAAACAAAUGACGACUAGAAAUUAGAAUCAUAUUGUCCAUUGGAUGGUGAUGUGGGAUAUGUUUUAAAGAGUGUUAAGUUGCCUUGAUUUUCUUUGUUUGACAGCCUAAGCUGAUGCCUCUGUGUCUGGAGAUCUGUUGACUUGAAUGUGAGUGAAUAUAUAGAUAUAUAUAUAUGAUCAUGACGUCAUACAAUGUGCAGCCCUGGUAAACAUGAGCUAAACAGACUGUGGAAAAGUGUCUUUCAUUCAAAAUAAUCCAACAAAUAUAACCCUCAAUUAAAGUGAAAUCACUGAAAGAAAAAAAUGAAAUAAAUUUUUUUUCCUGCAGUUUUUGUUCUAUAAUUAUUUUCUUGAAUUAUAUAAUA